AUGAAUACAAACAACUCGAUUAACCCUGAUAGACCUCUCAUUGUGGGUCCCGAGAAUCUCGAGGCUCCUUAUCCUAUCUCUGUCUCUGGCACAGUGGUAAAGGGCUUUGGCCGUGGCUCAAAGGAAUUGGGUAUCCCAACAGCCAAUAUGAAUGAGGAAGCACUUGAAAAGAUGUUUAACGAUUUUACUACGGGUGUCUACUAUGGUUGGGCUCAAGUCGGUGCAAAGGAUACAACUGUUUAUCCUAUGGUCAUGAGUUUGGGCUGGAACCCUUAUUACAAUAAUGAAAAGAGGUCUGCUGAGGUUCAUAUUCUCCAUGAAUUCGAGUCUGAUUUCUAUGAUGAAUCUAUUAGAAUUAUCGUGACAGGAUACAUUCGUCCUGAGCAAAACUAUCCUUCUCUCGAUGCUCUCAUCUGUGAUAUUAAGACAGAUAUCGAGGUGGCAAAGCAUUCCUUGAAGCGCAAGGCAUAUGAUGACCUUCGUCACGACACGCUUUUUUCUGCAGCAAGCAAGAAUUAG